CGCAAAGCCAAGAAGGAAUCCGACGACGACGAUGAAGACUCGGAGGAGGAAAAGGCAGCGCCCAGCUCGCAAGGCGACGACGAUGUCAAAGAAGAAUCCGUCAAAGAGGAGGACGAAAAGGAAAAGAAUGGCAAGAUGCAAGUGGACGAAGCGUUGGACAAGUUGGACGCAGAGGCAGCUCAGCUCCUUACCUUGUUGGGUGGCCUUUGCAGUCGGACGUAUCCGCGUUCUACUGGUGAUGAAGUGCGAGAAAAAGACAAGACAAAGGUUGACCGACAAAAGGGCGAGCUUCGAGAGGAAAUGAACAAGAUGCAGAUUGUGGCCCGUGCAAAGGUCACGACAGACCGGGAUAUUUUGUUCUUUGGAGAUAAACAUGGACAGCUGGGAAUCUGGGAUCCUCGAGCCCUAAAGACAGAUGAUGAAGACGAGACAGCUGACGGUCAAUCUUGGAAAUUACAAGUACACUGGCCAGCGACUGCAAAGAGCUCGGUCAGCACCGUCAAUGCUUAUGACUGUACGAUACGAUGGACUUCGUUUACUUCUGGAGUCUCAAAGGAAGUUUAUGCGGUAGAGGAUACGUUAAUUUCAGGAUUCGAUUUCACAUCAUCUGGACAAGAAAUGUACAUUUCGGAUACAAAGGGUGGAGUCACCCAUUUGGAUUUGCGAGCGAGCCGCCAUGAAGCCAGACG